AUGGCGGCCGGUGUGCGGUCGUGUGCUUGCUGUCUGCAGUUUAAAUUUAGUCCUGAAGAAAUAGAACAGCGACACAAGAGCCAAGAAAUUGACAGACUUAUUGAAAAAGACAAGCAGACGUUCCGACGGCAAGUGAAGCUGCUGCUGUUAGGUGCUGGUGAAAGUGGGAAGUCAACUUUUCUUAAACAAAUGCGGAUCAUCCAUGGGGUAAAGUUCGAACCUGAACUUAUUAAAGAAUAUCAACAAGUGAUAUAUCUUAACAUUGUGAAAGGUAUGAAAGUUUUAGUUGAUGCGAGAGACAAAUUACAAAUUCCAUGGGAAAGGCCAGAAAACAGUGAAAGUGGAAAACACGUCUUGAGUUUCGAAAACAGCAUGAUUCUAGAUGCUAGAUUGUUUUUACAGUACGCAUCGUCCCUAAGUAACUUGUGGAAGGACGCUGGAAUAAGGCAUGCCUACGAUAGAAGAAGCGAAUUCCAGCUUAGUGAUUCUGUUCAGUACUUCUUUGAUAAUUUGGAGAGGAUAGCAAGAAUGGAUUAUGUACCCACACAUCAAGACAUCUUGCAUUGUCGUAAAGCAACCAAAGGAAUCUCAGAGUUUGUGGUUCUGAUCAAUAACAUUCCAUUCCAAUUUGUUGAUGUUGGGGGCCAGCGAUCUCAGAGACAAAAAUGGUUUCAGUGUUUUGACUGUGUCACAUCAAUACUCUUUCUAGUAUCAUCAUCAGAAUUUGACCAAGUUCUGUUGGAAGAUAGGAAAACAAAUAGGUUGGAAGAAUCUCGAAACAUUUUUGAUACAAUUGUUAACAAUGUUGUAUUUCGUGGUGUCUCAAUCAUUUUAUUCAUGAAUAAAACAGAUUUGUUAAUUGAAAAACUGAAGUCCAGAAAAACGGACAUUAGAAAACAUUUUCCACAGUAUGUAGGAGACCCACAUAAUUUGGUUAGUGUACAGACAUUUAUUCUAAACAUGUUUUCUAAUGUGAAACGUGAUCCAAGGAAGCCACUUUUUCAUCAUUUUACAACAGCUGUUGACACUGAAAACAUCAAGGUUGUGUUUAAUGCCGUAAAGGAUACAAUCCUACAUAGAAAUUUGGAAUCUCUUAUGCUCCACUGAAACUUAGUUUUUAUCAGGGAGCACAAUAUGAGUUUCUGCACUGUAUAUUCAUUAUGGGACUACUUUAUAUUGUAUAUUGAAGCAUUAAAAAUGUUCAUAUUUUUUUGAUGUUGGAAAGAAACAGUGUAAGCAAGUGUUGUUACAUACAUUAAAAACGAUGUGCCUUACUAAGUGCUGUCAUAAAAGAACAUUUCUGUACUGAAUUUUUAUAGAAGGUUUUCAUAACAUGUUUUGUAAUAUUUUUAAGCCUACAACAUACUAUUUUUGAGAAUCUCCUUACUGGAGUGUGUAAGAACCUUCGUUUAGCUCAUGAAUACCUUAUUUUGUGAGCUUAACGAUAACUUUCAAAGACCAAAGCUUAAGCCAAAAAUUGUAAACAUUAAAUGGCUAGUGUAAAUUAUCAGAACUAACAUCUGUAUCGAUAACCAGUUCUGUUGUGAUGCGUUUUAAUAUGACUACUUGACAGGAAAUAGCAUUUAACUUAUUUACAAAAUGGUCUUAAUUAGGGCCUUUAGAGACUGUGAACCUGUUCACAUGUACUCAUGAGUUGCCUUACUUUUCAGCACUAGAAUUAAAUGUAACCAUUAUAAUCUAGGUUGUUAUCUCUUUGUCAGUUGUGUCAAUUAAAUUUUAUUAUUUUUGUAAUAUUAAGUGUGUUUUAUGGAGAUCAGCUCAAAGAAAUGUGUUCAAAGAUCUGGUUUCUAACAGAUAAUACUGAUUUUUAUCUGAGCUAGUGUAGUUGUUUUACUCCUCUGUGCUAAAUUAGAAUUCAGAAAUACAUACUAAAUUAAAAGAAUUGAACUAAAUGGCUGAAUUUAUUCCACAUUUGAAACUUAAUAUUGAAAUUGUUUUUGUUUCGCUCAGUUAAAUUGUAUUACAAAAAAAUUAAUUUUAAUACUGUA